GCCCUCGCGCCCCCCCGGCCGCCGCUGCCUCCUGCCCCUCGGUGCUGCUGCUGCUCCUGCUGUUGCUCCUCCAUCUCCAGAUCGGAUCACGGUGAGGGAAAGAUGAGCGAGGAGACGGCGACUUCUGACAACGAUAAUAGUUAUGCACGAGUACGAGCUGUGGUGAUGACCCGGGAUGACUCAAGCGGUGGAUGGUUACCACUUGGAGGGAGUGGACUAAGCUGUGUCACUGUCUUCAAAGUCCCUCAUCAGGAAGAGAAUGGCUGUGCUGACUUUUUUAUCCAUGGAGAACGACUCAGGGACAAAAUGGUGGUUUUGGAAUGUAUGCUUAAAAAAGACCUCAUUUACAAUAAGGUCACUCCAACAUUUCACCACUGGAAGAUAGAUGACAAGAAGUUUGGCCUUACCUUUCAAAGUCCUGCCGAUGCUAGGGCUUUUGAUAGAGGUAUUCGAAGAGCUAUAGAGGAUAUUUCUCAAGGAUGCCCAGCAUUAAAAAAUGAAGCUGAAGGAGCAGAAGAUGAUUUACAAGCAGUUGAAGAAGAUUCCUCCAGUUCUCUAGUGAAAGAUCAUCAUUUCCAGCAAGACACAGUUGUCACCAGUGAGCCUUUUAGAAGCUCCAGACCUCCCUUUGAGGAUUUGAAUGCCAGAAGAGGCUAUUUACAAAAUCAGAUAACAUUCAGUCAUCCAGGUCUAGACAUUCAGAGCAGAAGUAUAGAAUAUGCACAGCGGCAAAUAUCUAAGGAAUGUGGAAGUGUCAAGUCCCAAAAUAGGGUCCCUUUGAAAUCCAUCCGACAUGUCAGCUUUCAAGAUGAGGAUGAAAUUGUCAGAAUAAACCCUCGAGAUAUCUUAAUACGUCGAUAUGCAGACUACAGACAUCCUGACAUGUGGAAAAAUGACUUGGAGAGAGAUGAUACUGAAUCCCCUAUUCAGUUUUCUAAACUAGACAAUAAAAAACCAGACUAUAUGUACUCUUGUGGGGAUGAGACGAAGUUAAGUUCACUCAAAGACUCUGUGGUAUUUAAGACACAGCCUUCUUCAUUAAAAUUUAAGAAGUCAAAACGAAGAAAAGAAGACGGUGAACGUUCUCGCUGCGUGUACUGCCAAGAAAGGUUUAAUCACGAAGAAAAUGGCAGGGGGAAGUGUCAGGAUGCUCCAGACCCUAUUAAAAGAUGCAUAUAUCAUGUCAGUUGCAUGCUCUGUGCAGAGAGCAUGUUGUAUCAUUGUAUGUCAGACUCAGAGGGAGAUUUUUCUGAUCCCUGUUCAUGUGACACUAGUGAGGACAAAUUCUGCUUACGAUGGUUAGCCCUAGUAGCUUUGUCUUUCAUUGUACCAUGUAUGUGCUGCUAUGUCCCUUUGAGAAUGUGCCAUCGUUGUGGUGAGGCUUGUGGAUGCUGUGGUGGGAAACAUAAAGCCGCUGGAUGAAAGGGUUCCGUGCUUAAAAUGAGCUCAAAACCUUUGUUUCCAGGAAUUAGUUAACUUGGAUUUGUGGAAGCUUUUGGCAAGCACUAUGAAUCUUGCCUGGUAUCAUUGGGGCCACAGGCGGAGGCAGCAGAACUAGUCAGUUCUUGGCAUUUUACAAAUGCUAGUCAUGCCUAACUUUUACUGGGAAGUACAUGGCAUGCCUUGUAACAGGUUAUAAAGAGUAUUUGCAAAAGGAAACCAUUUCUGGGUUCUGGCUAUAAAAUUGACAUAAAAUAUGAUACAACUAAAAGGGAUUAAUUUUCGGUGUUUUUGUAUAUUUAUGCAUUAGGUGAUGGGCCUUUUAAAGGUUUGAAUUCAUUAAGAUAUCAACUAAAAGUCCACUAGGAGACACUUGAUUUCAGUCUAAGAAAAGUUAACACUUGGGAAUUCUAAGAAAUAAAACAAGUGCAACUAAAUCUUCUAUUAGUUGUUUUUGAAAGCAGUUUUAUGUGUAAAAUAACAAAUGUUUAUAUUUAACUAAAUAUAAGGUACGAGUUAUUGCAUAUUAAAAAAAUUUUCCCUUCCUAGUUCAGAAGUAGAUGUACACAUAUCUACUGUCACAUUCCAUUCCAUGUUGAAUAUUUUACUCAUCUAGUGAAUAACAUUUUUGUUCAUGUGAAUGAUUUGAUAUUUUCAUUCUCAUUUCCUUUUCACUACAGUUUAUAUUGUUUUAUCUGUACAUUCUGGUAAUCUAAAAUUCUUAAAAAUAUUCUAAUAGCUUUCUGAGUGACCAACUUUUUUGUUAAGCACAGAUGUAAUUGUCUAAUGUUCUGAUGAGAAUGUAACACUUAUUUUUAUAUAAAAAGACUGAGUAAACAGAAAAAUGAGGGUUUUGAUUUUGUUUUUGUUUUUUUGAGGGUUGGUGGUUUUUUUGUUUGUUUGUUUGUUUUGCUUUUUUUUUUGUUUUUGUGGUAUUGAAACCAGCAAGUUGUUUUCUUUGAACGUUUCCUCAUUCAAAAAAUCUUAAUUGCAUUUACAAAUGUUUUUACAAGGCAAAAAAUGUAACUGGAUAGUUAGUGUAAAACAAAUCUUUCUGAGAUUUCCAUUUAUCAUUGUGCUAAAUCAGAAUAUGUUCAGCUGUGUUACUAACUUCUAGCUUAAUCCUCAAUGUUUAUUAUACACAUAACAAUGAUAACUUUUCUCAGUUGCAUUUUCUUUUAUUUAAACUGGCCAGGAGCAAAAUUAUUUUAUGCUAAGGUAUGUGUUAAACUAUCCCACAAAGUAUUUAAUCCAACAUUGUUAAUGAAAUAUCUUGUACAUAUAAAUCUAUUUCUUUUACAGAGCAUUGUGUUACUGGAUGUUUUAUUUACAAAAUAGUUGGAUAAACGUUCCAACAGAUUGUUUAAAGAACUUUAGGGUCAAGUUGUCUGGUUUUGUUUUUUUUUUAAGGUGUUACAUUAAAACUCUAACCAAGUAAGGAGUUCUUUAAGAACAUUCCCUUAGAGGGAAACGGUCGAGAAGUGUGCCUUUUUUGUAAUGGCCUGAUGUUUCAGAGAUGAUAAAAAUCAAAAUCACUACCAUUUUCUAUGCAGGUUUUUAAAUGGUGUUUAUGUAUGGUUUUAUUUUAUUUUAUUUUUUAACAUAUCACACUUCUGUUCGCUCUCUUCUUUUGCCCCAGAUCAAUCUGAGCAAUGUAUAUAACACUAUCUGUCUGUAAAAUACUUUUUUUUUAAAAAAAGCAUUUAUAUUUAUAUGACAGCUUGAACUGACAACAUUGUGUAUAUAGAUCAUCUUGAAGUAUUAUUUCACAUUGAAAAGAAGAAAAAUAUAUUGAUAACUAUAGAUGUUAUAAAGAGGUUAUUUCUAGUUUUGUACUAAAAUCAAUUGGAUGAACUAAGUCCAAAAAAUGACACUGUAGCAGCAAUUUUAAAUUUAUUUUUACUGUUUAUAUAUUUGGGCGCUGCUGCACUAGAUGAUCUUCAUCCCUGAAGUUUUCAGCUAAACUUGGUUUUCUAGAAUAGACUGUUAACUUUAAAAAUUACUUUCUAUUGAUAAAUGAAAAUACUGGUUUUCCUUGUGAAUGACUUCAUAUUUGUAAGUGCUGAGUUUAUAAUUCAGGUUUGAGCAAGGUGUGGAUAACUGAAGAAAAUAACUUGCUGGCUAUAUAGGAAAAUGCUGUGGAAAUGAACUGUGUAUAUACUUCUGGGAAGAACAAAUUUAAUCAUUUUCUCUGUUAAGCACUAAUCACUAUAGUGCAACUCCUGGUUCUGUACUGUAUUUUAUAUGCAACAUAUAUGCUUUAAUAUUUUAAUGUUUGUGCAUUAAUAUUUUCAAUUUGUUUAACCACUUUGCUGCUAAGAUUUUGCUGUCCCGUCCCCAUUUUUUUUCCUUGACAAUUUUAAACAAGUCUCCUUCAUUAAAAACUAUGGUGAUGAAAUGGUUUUUCUUUCACCUUGGAUCUUUAUAGUUAAUACCCUGUCUUCAAGUCUGUUUAAGAAGACUGUUAUCUGACUCCCUAUGAAAAAAUUUCUCGAGUAAAUAAGUAUUCUUACAUGAAAACAAAUAACAGAGUUUAAAUUCCUCACUUGAAACAUGACUAUAGGUAUAUUCAAGAACGUUUUCUUGUUCUGCGUACAGACUUGGCACUGCCAGUUGGUUUUCUUCUAAAAUCUUUCUCUUUUAAUCAGGUAGUAAAAGCAAAUGGCUAAACAAAACUACUUAGGUAACAGCAGAUAUCGAAAAUUAUGUAAUUAGAUGAUAUUACAAGAAAGAUUUUGCUCUAGUCAGCUUGUAUUCUAAAUUGAUGUUUCUUUAAUGACCCCCCACCCCCAGCUCCCCACUUGUGAGGGAAGUCAUUGAUUUCUGAAGAGACAUGAGGUACUUCAGCACCACCUGCUGGAUCAUUUAUAGACCUGAGGCAUGAGAUGGUGACGCCUGUAAAGGGUUCUUUAAGUGGUGACCCAUCUCUAAACGAAGAAAGCUGGAAUAAGAAGUAAUCUUGAAUAUAGUUCAAGUGAAUAUGCUUGGGAAAGUGAAUCUUUCCAAGUGUCUUAUUAAAAAAAAAAAUUAUUGGGUCACGGUGAUAUACAAUGAAUCAAGUGUCUAGUCAAAAGAUUUUAAGCAUUUUUAAAAAAUAUUUCCUGUUUUGAAUUGUUAUUAAUAUUUGGAACUGUAGUCACAUUUAAAGCAUUUACAAAGCCAAGUAUUUCAACUCAGAAAAACCAUUAUUGAAAUGGUAUUACUUUUCCUCCCGUUUCCAACCAGGGAGAAAUUUUGAAGAAUAAACAUCACCUAUAUUUUAUCAUAACAACUUCAGAAGGGAGUGUGUGUAUGUAUACUUCUGAGAUUGUGUUGGGGAGGGGUUAAGGUUUAAAGGGGAAAAUAUGAAACUACCUAUUUUUUUGGUAUUCAGCAGUGCCUAAAAUGAUCUUUUGAAUUAAUGCAAAUGCACUUUGAAUUCAUGUGUAUAGUGAGUACCAUCCUAAUAUCCUAGGUAAGUUUUACCUUUUCUUUUUUCUCUCAGUGCCACAGGGGUAUUUCUUAGUAUCCAUUAAAAUAAGUUUCUUUAGAAAUUCAGGUUUUGUGAUUUCACAUUAGAAAAGGACUUAAAAAAAAAAUUUGGCUUUAAAUUUUAACCUGAGGAUACAUCAAGUAUAACAUCUUCUUUCAUUAAAAAAAAAACUGAAAAUUUUAGUUCUCUGGAAAACAAAGUUGUGAUGACAUCCAUAAUAACAUUCUUAAGUAUAAGGGAAAGCGCUAGAAAUUUGCAGUUAUUGUUGCAUUUCUUAAAUUGGUCUACAAAUCAAAGAUAGUACCAUUUGUGAUGAAUCAAAUAUUUUUUGAAAAUCACAACUGAGGGUAAUUUAUAUCAGCCAAAAUAAGUUUUAAGAUAUUAAGAUAACUUAUCUAGCAGCCAGGUGGUUUUAAAACUUACAUGCUUUGAUAAAUUGAUAAAUGUUGCAUUGUUCUUGAAAGUCCUAAAAUAUAUAAGUUGCUUGUUGGAAACUUUUCAAGAGUAAUCUAAUUGAAAAACCUUUGUAUUAAAGAUUUACAUAGAUUUUUGUGAACAUUGCCAAUGUGUAGUCUCAUUCGCUUUCUAUUCUUGACCUGAAAGUGCCUCACUUGUAUAUUUCCAUUAGAAUCUUGACUGCAUUCUUUCUAAUAAGCAAUGAAAAUUUGUUUAAACUCAUGUCAUAAUGUAUUUCCUUAGAUACUAGUUUAAUAGCUUGAUAGUUUGGGGUAUUUAAUGUAAAGAUGCAUAUAUAAGUUUGUAACUGGUUUUGUUACAUCAGACCCAUGUAAUUGGACAUAAUCAGAUGAUAUAAGAAUUUGUUUAAUUACUGAUUAAACCUAUCAUGAAAUAUAUAA